AUUUGGAAAGAAAAGUGUCCAACUUCUAUUCUUCUAGAUUGACCCAAUCCAAACGUUCAGUAUAUAAAUUCAGAAGACCCCACUCUCGCGCGAACCAAGAAGAGAAGGCUGAGAUCUCCAACUUGGGGGAAUUUACGCACCAGCAAAUGUCAGUGACGAUUCACACCAAUCUCGGAGACAUCAAGUGCGAGAUCGCUUGCGAUGAGGUCCCCAAAGCAGCCGAGAAUUUUUUGGCACUAUGUGCCAGCGGCUAUUAUGAUGGGACCAUAUUCCACCGAAAUAUAAAGGGUUUUAUGAUCCAAGGUGGAGACCCGACAGGCACAGGGAAAGGAGGGACCAGUAUAUGGGGAAAGAAGUUCAGUGAUGAGAUACGAGAGUCUCUCAAGCACAAUGCAAGGGGUGUACUGGCAAUGGCCAAUAGUGGUCCCAACACUAAUGGAAGCCAGUUCUUCAUGACUUACGGAAAGCAACCACAUCUCAAUGGAUUGUACACUGUGUUUGGCAAAGUAAUUCAUGGGUUUGAGGUCCUCGAUCUCAUGGAAAAGACUCCAACUGGACCAGGGGAUCAACCUCUUGCUGAAAUCAGAAUCAAUCGUGUAACAAUACAUGCUAACCCACUCGCCGGAUAGGCUUUUUCCAAACGAUUUUUGGUUGUUAGUUUGUUUCUGUGGAAGUCAGAGUAGUGAAAAAUCAACUUUUACUGGGCAGUUUUUUGUCAUUUGCUGUUACAGACUUGAAUUUUAGGUAAAAUUGAAAGUAAGAAAAAAUGAAUCUGUUGUAUUUUCAUUACUUGCUAACUUUUGUUGGUCACAUUUGGAUGUUUUACGACUAGAUAAAUGAAUCUGAGCUCCAUAUAUAGAACUGGGUUCAUCUUUAUUUAAAGC